GGCGAGACGCCCGGAGCGGCCGCUGCGGCCAGUAGCUGCCGCUGCCACUGCCGGCCCCUUCACCGGCUGCCCCGUUCAGAUCUAGCCGGGAGGGGUAAGAGGGAUGCAGCUGGGGGCCCAGCUCCGGAGCCGCACCCCGUAAAGGGCUGAUCUUCCAUCUCGCCACUUCACCCACGGGAAGCCAAGACCAAACCAGCUUAGACCUCUUCUGGUGCUUGUGAAACUGAACACAACCAAAGUAUGGCGAUGGGAAACCAGCAUCCUUCUAUAAGUAGGCUCCAGGAGAUCCAAAAGGAGGUAAAAAGCAUAGAACAGCAAGUAACUGCUUUCAGUGGCCUGUCAGACGACAAGACGUACAAGAAACUGGAGAGGAUUCUAACAAAACAACUUUUUGAAAUAGACUCUGUAGAUACGGAAGGCAAAGGGGAUAUUCAGCAAGCUCGGAAGAGGGCGGCCCAGGAGACGGAGCGGCUUCUCAAAGAGUUGGAGCAGAAUGCAAACCACCCCCACCGGCUCGAGAUCCAGAACAUUUUCAAAGAAGCACAGUCCCUGGUGAAAGAGAAGAUCGUGCCCUUUCACAGCGGCGGCAACUGUGUGACGGAGGAGUUUGAAGAGGGCAUCCAGGACGUCAUCCUGAGGCUGACGCACGUCAAGACGGGAGGCCGGAUCUCCUUGCGGAAGGCGCGGUAUCACACCUUAACCAAGAUCUGCGCGGUGCAGGAGAUCAUCGAGGACUGCGUGCGAAAGCAGCCUUCGCUGCCGCUCUCCGCCGACGCGCACCCCUCGGUCGCCAAGAUUAACUCCGUGAUGUGCGACGUGAACCGGGCCCGAGGCACGCUGAUCGCCCUCCUGAUGGGGGUGAGCAGGGACGAGACGUGCAGGCACCUGUCUUGUGUGCUCUCGGGGCUGAUGGCGGAUCUGGACGCUUUGGACGUGUGCGGGCACACGGAAAUCAGGAACUAUCGCAAGGAGGUCGUGGAAGAUAUCAACAAGCUGCUGAAGUAUUUGGACUUAGAGGAGGAGGCAGAUACCACGUACGCCUUUGACCUGGGCCAGAACCAUUCCAUUCUAAAAAUAGAGAAGGUCCUCAAGAGAGUGAGGGAAAUAAAAAACGAGCUCCUUGGAGCACAGAACCCCGCCGAGCUGUACCUGAGCUCCAAAGCAGAACUGCAGGGCUUGAUCGGACAGCUGGACGAGGUCAGCCUGGAGAAGAACCCCUGCAUCCGGGAAGCCAGGAGACGGGCCGUGGUUGAGGUGCAGACUCUCAUCACCUACGCUGACCUGAGGGAGGCCCUGGAGAAGAGAAGGGCCCUGGCCAGUGCGGAGCACCCCUCGCUCGCGGCCGUCUGGACCAUCCUGGGACACUUGUCGGAGAUCCAGGAGGAGGUGCUCGCCUUCGACGGCAACCGAACCGAUAAGAACUACAUCCGGCUGGAGGAGCUGCUCACCAAGCAGCUGCUGGCCCUGGACGCCGUCGACCCCCAGGGAGAGGAGAAGUGCAAGGCGGCCCGGAAACAGGCGGUGAAGCUGGCCCAGAACAUUCUCAGCUAUCUGGACCAGAAGUCUGACGAGUGGGAGUACUGAAACGCCGGGCGCCCGCGGGGGACGUUUCUCGCUGCGCACUUGACAGCGAUCUCUGUGUGUUGGUGGAGGGCGUUUGGUGCGUCGAGGCCCCAUGUGACUCUUGCACAUGCGUACAGCAAUCUCAGUAUUUAUGAUUUAAGCAAAUUAUAUUCGGUAUCUCUGCUGCUCUCGAUGUUGCAGAACAAAUAUUAUAGCGUAUUAACUUUUCCAUUUGGACUGUUACCUGUACGUCGUGGUGUGGUUUUUUGGUUUUAUUUUUUAAAUCAAAAUGGAAUGGGGCAGCUUUUAAAGAAAAUGUAACGGGCUGUUCAGGCAUUAAAAUGCGGAUACUUCAGGAGCUAGAAAUAAACAUAGAACCUUAACGUGAUAAAUACUAGGACAGUUAUGAGAAAGGGGGGAAGCUUUGUUUAAAUGGAAGGUCCACAGCGCAAAAGCAGUACAAUGAGAUGUUGUAUUUUGCUGAAUAAAGCAGGAUUUUUUUUUUUUUCAUUUGUAAAAUCUGAUUGGUCCCACCCCAUUUAGUAGGGUAGGAAUUUCUGUUUUUUGUACUUGUUUUUCCAGAUCGUCUGUUCUUUCAGAAACAUUUUGUUGAAAUGCAGCGUCCGUAUUUUCCCCCACUCUCUGAGUAUAGAGAGGGGAGUCUUAUUUUUGUGCGUAACAUAAAUUAUGGAAUUACUAGCAAAAAACCUUUGAGGCUGCAUUGAAGAAGGGAUAAGACACCAGCUCCUGCCUUCAAGCUGUUUCCGUCUGUAACAUCUGAAUUUACAGUCUCCCUUAGAAAUGAGGAAGGAUGGAAACAUUUAAGUAAAGUUAAUGGACCUUUAAAAAAAAAAAGAAAGGAAACACCCAAAGCCAUAGUAGGAUAAGGAAGACUGGAGAUGAGUCAGCAGUGAUUAGGUCAUGCCCAGAGGAGCAGCUGUGUCUGCGGUGCAGCUUGCAGUGGGCUUGUCGUUCAAGGCUGCGUGCGAGACAGACUCCAUCAGCAUCCCCGGUGCCCCGCGAGCAGACGUGUCAGCAGCCCCUGGGGACCUGGUCCGGGUGCGGGUGCGGGUGCAGGGGGGCUAGCCGAGCUCCGUCCCUCACCGGCAGGCGGGAGCUUCUCGGGCGCCGGGCGGGGCCAGCACAGUCUGUCUGUCUGUCUGCGUGAGAUUGCUUUUCCUCUGCUGAAGGGUAUACGUGCUUCUGUUCGUACUUUUUGAGGAUCCAGUUUUGAGGUUGCCUGUUAAUGUGAACAGCGGAAUUGCCCGCAGCUCUGAGGCGCCUUGCGGACAUGCUGUCCCCGAAUCGGACCUGCGACCCCUCUGCAGUCGCCUCUCACAAAAGCAGCACCUCAGAGGACAUCCUGUGAACUCUACAGUAAUGUGCUGUUUUUUCAGGGGUAGUUUGAUGACUUUGUGAAUAGCUAAAAAUAAGAUAAAGGAAUAGCCCCGAAUACCUAAAAGAUGGACAAGCGUAGCCCUAUAACCAUUCGCUGCGUCUCAGUGCUGCCCAAGAGUUACAAGCCCUUGACGAGCCCUUCCUCCUAGGAAGUCGUGUGAGGGUUGUGAUCCUGUUUCACAAGUGUGAGGUGCUCUUAAAAUGCGGAAGGGCUUUCAGCUCCAGCGCUGGCACAGUUAGAUCCCUGGGAAGUGGAGGCUGUGCUCUGACUCGCUUCAGACACCAGGCCUAGACGUCGCGUGAACUUCAGACUUGAAGGUGGCGUGUCAGCUUCCUUUCCAGGCGUCACUGCUCCUGAAGCAGGGCCUCCCCUUUCACUCAUCUUCCAGUGUGUUCUCUGCAGCCCGUGGGGCUCGGGCCGCCGGAGCGUGUGCGAGGGGACACGCGGCCAUCUGGGAAUGCCUCUGGUCACUGAAAUCAGCCGAUGAACCUGCGUGACUGCUGAGGCACGACGUUUCCUAGGGCUUUGUACCUGGUCAUUCUGGUCCCUUAAUGAGCCCGAGGGACACUGUCCCUCGUUGGGAGGCCUGUGUUCCUGUGGGCACGUAAUUUUUAAAUUGGGCUCGUUGUAUUUUUAUGAUCUUACAUGAGGAGAAGCUGUACUGGAAGUUACACCUACCCCCUAAAAAUGUUUGGCCUCGGGUCUGCAUUAAACUGUAUCCAUGUUCGUGCAAAAAACGGCUGGGAAUGUUUGCUUUCUCUACAGCCAGCCAGCACUGCUUUCAGGUCAUUCUUCACCCACAUAGAUUACUCAGCCUGUGAGCAAGUAGUUAUGGAAAUAAAUGUAAUGACUCUA